GUAGCGAUUGGACUGGUCUCUUGCGUUUCAGUAACAAAAGCAGUGGGGCUGGAGCGUCGUUGUGGCUGCACGGUAGGACUGAACCUAAAAUAGGACAGUUGUGUUGGGUCUGAACUAAAUAACUACACGAGCUGUGCUGAGGAACUAUGCCUCUCCAUAGCUUCUAGAGAAUACUGGAGAGCAUUACAGUGGACUUAUUCUACAAUGAUAAACCUGUGCGUCAACCAGGACUGAGGCUGAUUUGGGUCCAGUCUGGGUGAUGGCUGACGUGCUGGAGCUCAGGACGGAUGGCAACUCUCUGCUGAAGGCAGUGUGGCUUCGGCGUUUGCGCCUUACAAGGCUUCUCCUGGAAGGUGGAGCCUACAUCAAUGAAAGCAACGAUCGCGGAGAGACGCCACUCAUGGUGGCCUGCAUGUCCAAACACUCCGACCAGCAGAGUGUCAGCAAGGCCAAGCUCGUCAAAUACCUUCUGGACAACAAAGCUGACCCUAAUAUUCAAGACAAAGCUGGAAGGACAGCCCUUAUGCAUGCAUGCAGCCACAGGGCGGGACAUGAGGUGGUCUCGCUUCUACUGACCAACGGGGCUGAUCCGAGUCUGGAGGACCGUCAUGGAUCUUCAGCUUUAGUCUACGCUGUCAAUGCAGAUGAUAAAGAAACCCUAAAAGUUCUCCUUGAUGCCUGCAAAGCCAAAGGCAAGGAGGUCAUCAUCAUUACCACAGACAAAUCGCCAUCUGGAACCAAAACCACCAAGCAGUACCUGAAUGUUCCUCCUUCUCCAGAGUUGGAUGAGAGGACCUCUCCUGCACCUUGUGCCUCACCUUCAGAGAUAGAUCUUCAUGCAUCGCCAUCUCCCAGCAAAGAGGAGGAGAAAGACACCGUAUUCAAUUUUCAAACAAAAUUCAAGUCAGCCUCAAACACAGCAGCCAAGCUUCCCAAUGGACUUACUUCCCCUAGUAAGAAACCCGUGAACCCUAAGAGGGCUCGCCUACCCCAGUUAAAGCGUCUACAGUCAGAGCCUUGGGGUUUGAUUGCCCCUUCCGUCUUGGCGGCAGCAAAUGAAGAGAACAAGAGAGCCAACUCAGACGAAGAUGUUGUCACAGGUGUCAAUGGACUGAGCCUGUCCAAAAGAGGCACUUUGUCUCGGCAUAACAGCGUGGACGGAAAAGACAUCUUGUUUCCGAUGGUAGGAGAUCAGAGCACGAAAAUCUCACCAACGUCCAAAGCCUCCUACGAGAGAUCGCUGGCACAGCAUCAACCCCUCGCACGACGUAGCACUGUCCCCACAGAGCAGGAGGGCUCUGGAGGAAACUUGGGGCCGGUUAGCCUAAGAGAGACAGUGCACCGGAGGAGACUGGGGAACGAACACUACGACUCAGAUUCCCAGCUGUACUCGGAUUCCAGCAUGCUAGACUCUCCUAAGGCACCUCUGGAGAGGAGGAAGCUCAAUACAUCCCCUCUUGCUAUGCUUACAGGCUCAAGGGAGUCCUUGGACAGCAAUCCCAGUACCUCCUCCCCUAGCACAGCCAGGUGCAGAGCACCUGGCCUACUGGAACGGCGCGGCUCUGGAACGCUACUGCUGGACUAUAUAUCCCACACCCGGCCAGGUCACCUUCCCCCGUUAAACGUCAACCCUAACCCUCCGAUUCCAGAUAUAGGCGCAAGCAGCAAACCCUCAUCCCCACUUGCAGCAGGUAUCAGACCAAUAGCUCCCGUAGCACCCAACUCACCAAAGAGAGGCAACCUCAGGACGAAGAAGAAGCUUGUGAGAAGGCACUCUAUGCAAGUGGAACAGAUGAAGCAGCUUUCAAACUUUGAAGAGCUCAACCAACAAUCAUGAACUCAGUCUAUGUAGAUGUAGCAACUUUAAGAUCAUAAAUAUAUACGUCUGAGAUUGUGGAUGAUGCAUAUGUUUGGAAAACAGGUGGUACCGAGGAUUGUAGGUAGUUAGCAAUGAAUGUAGCCAUUUAGGGCAAAGGGAUAUUGUAUCAACCUUGCUAGUUUUAAUUAGCAGAGAAACUCUAAUGAAGAAAAAGUCAAAAGUCACAGAUGCAGAAAUAGCUUAUUGUUUAUAAAAGGUAUUUAAAGGUGCAACCUAGCUGUUAACAGUUAGUUUAGAUUUAAUAUAUGAUGUAACGUUAUAGUGUAAGCUUAGACCAUCACUUCCUUCCGCCCACAGAACUCAUUUUCAAAAUAAAUGCCGGUGGAAAUGGGAUUUACAACAGUCACAAAAAUACAACAAAGAAGUGUGCAAUUUUCUAUUCUGCAACAAAGGUAGUGUUUGUCCUCUUAAAGAGUAGGUGAGAGAGUGUGCUAUUAUUCUCUUGCGUAUGAAGAUUGAAUUUGACAGCUUGACUACAGCUAGUUCUACUAGCUGCUGCAAACACAAACAGAGACAGAAAUAUCUGUAGAUCUUCAAAGUCUAGACAUCUCUCCAUGAGAUUCAUUAAGGCGGACAGGAGAGUGAAUGCAAAACCAGACUGUCAAACUGGAGCGGAGAGGUCACCAGAUCAUACCCAUUAAAAGAGAGCAUUCCAUUGGCUCCUUAUUAUAGUCCUGCAAGAAAAGCAAAACUGGUUAAGAACAGUAGCAAGAAAGAGGAGAUGCACUAUGUAUCACUAUACAUACAAUAUGUAUGCUUUUUAAUGUUGGUGUCAAUAAUGCCUCUGUGCAGAUGUAUCAUUACAUGCAUAUCUAGAAUCUGUAAGAAAUACUGACCAUCUGUGAGUUAAUUAUAGGGGAAUCUGUCUCUUGUAAUUGAUUACAUCCUACACCAGUUGCAAUAAUACAUGCAACACUGCAAAUGUAAUUAUGACUUACUCCUUAAAGCAAAGAUGAUUCAUAUAGUCGUAGAUCCCUUAGUUAACCUUGCUAGGUUGGCAGUCUUUACAUAUAUAAAGUGUCAGUUUGAGUUCAAGAGACUGAAUGUUUGUAGCUAAUUAGUGUAUAGUGCCUUUGAGGGAGAGUAAAAGGUGUUCUGCAUCACAGAUUACUUUUUUGAAUAAAAUAUUCUUAAGCAGCACUGCUGCAAGUAAGAAAUCACAUGACAUGAAGUAUAAUGAUAACAAAAAUCGUAUCAUAUUUAGAUUCAAGUCUGUAGCGGAACAUGCCUUGUGAUAAACCAAUGACCAUUGUACAGACAAAUGCGAACGUAGGUUUAUCCAUUUGUCGGCCAAUGUUACGUGGUAGAACUAAUGUGCCCAUGUUACUUUUUGUGCAAUUGCAAAGUGCUUCAGAUUCAUUGCUGCUAUAAUGUUUAAUAGCCACUUGACUGCAUAAGGCUGUCAAAUAAUAAAUGUUCUGUAGUACUAGAGUUAGCUGGCUAACUCCUCACUCAUUUUCCCUGAUUGAAGACAUUAAACAUAAGCAAUCGACAGAUGCAUUUAGACUUUUGGUCUGUGAUUAUUAAAUACACAUAUAUGGGUCAGUAAUAAUAAUUAUAUAAAUAAUAAGAAUUUAUCGUGUAUAACUGCUGGCACUCAUGCAAUUCAAUAGUGAAAUAAAAGUGAAAGUUACAUUUAAAUGAUUAAUGAGUCCCAACCAUGUGAAAAGGUUUUAUCACAACUGUCUUAUAUUAAAACUGUGAGGCAUACUAUUGGUUGCGCUCAUGUUUACAUUGUUUGAUGCAUAGUAUUUUUGUAUGUAGUAUCUUGUA